AUGAGUUGGCAAGCUUAUGUCGACUCUUCUCUUAUAGGGUCUGGGAAGAUCGACAGAGCCGCUAUAUUCUCAGGAACAGGUGAUAGUCAAUGGGCAGCCAGUCCAGGUUUUAGUGUUGGAGCCGAGGAGAUUCAAAGCCUUGUAAAGGGCUUUAACGAUGCAGGCUCUAUAAAUACUUCUGGGCUCUAUAUCGACGGGGAGAACUAUAGGAUGGUCAAAGCGGGCGACCGGAGUAUUUAUGGCAGGAAUGAGGGCAAAGCGGGUGUACUUGUGGUCAAAACAAAUAAGGCACUUAUUGUCGCGCAUUAUCCUGAAACGGUGCAAGCCCAGGAGGCUACACAAGUUGUUGAGCAAUUAGCAGAUUACUUGAUUGAAAUUGGUUACUGA